AUGAGCUCAACCGCCACCCAAACUACCGUGACGCCAGCCGUGGUAGGCUUAGUAGCUCCUUCUUCUUCUCCUUCGUCACCACCCCGGCCGGAGAACGAAGACACAGAGACACAGAGACAGCUUACUCAGCUCAAGACGCUUGUCGGCGAGGCCGAGCUGGUCACACCCGCCGACGAGGCUUACGAGGCCGAGUCUAGAACCUGGUCGUCCGGCAAGAACAAGAGUCCGAAGCUUGUGGUCCGGCCGCAGACAAUCGAGUCGUUGGCCAAGGUGGUCAAGUUUCUGGGAGGGGAGGAGUCGUCGUCACUGGAGUUUGAUGUGCACAACAGCGGUGCGGGAAGUGCGUCCGCCAAAGACGUCCUCGUCUCUACCAGAGCAUUCCGCGAUUUUGACUUUGACCGCGAGAAUGAGGUCCUGACCAUUGGGGCCGGGAGUCUCUGGGGGGAAUACUAUGAGCAGAUGCGCAAGGUCGCGCCCGAGUACUCCGUCGUAGCGGCCGCGACGCCUUUCAUCGGCGUGGGAGGCUCCGUCAUCGCCGGAGGAUUCAGUCUCAUGUCGAGAGAGAAAGGAUGCAUUUCCGACCCGGAGAACAUGCUCGACGCGGAAAUCGUCAAGUUGGACGGCUCUGUGGUCUGGGCUUCGACCGAGCCUGAUCUCCUGUGGGGGCUGAGAGGAGGCUACAUUGGCUUGGGAGUUGUCACGAAAUUGAAACUCCGCGCAUACAAGUACCCCCAGAACAUCUGGGGCGGCCACAUCAUCGUGCCGCGAACGACGGAGAAGGAACGAGAAGUCGCACACGCCGUGGCCGAGAUCGACCGCUCCGGCCAGAUCGAGCGCCGAGUCUUCGCGCUGCUUCUGCUCAUGCCGGACGCCAUCAUCGUCAACGCCUUCGAUGCGCUGGGCGAGGAGCACGGCCGCUCGACCUUCGCCCCGGUGCUGAAAAUCAAGGGCGCCGUCGAUGCCACCCGCAUCAUGGACCUCGGCGGCUUCGCUGCCAUGCAGGCGCCCGCCGAGUUCUUGAAGGGGAAGAAGCAGGUUUGGUGGAACCCGCUGGCCCUGGGCCAGCUGUCGGAAGAGUUUUUGGCCAAGACGUUGGACUGGCAGCGGCGCAAGGUGGCCGCGGGCAUCGAUGCUGCUGUCAUGUAUGAGCUGUGGGGAACGCGCGGCCCUUCUGCCGGGCAAGCAGCUUCCGUCUGGCCACGACCCGACCACGUCCAACAUUUCUGCAUGCUCAGCAUGGCCACGAAGCCCGAUGCGCCCACGCACGAGGUCGACGAGACGCGUCGCAUGAUCAUGGAAGCGCCCCACGAGUUACUUGGGGACGAAUACGACCAUAGCCUGGUGGCGACUAGUGCCUUGGACGAGUUCCACGAUGUGAGAAGUGUAAGUUGA